AUGCGGUAUCGCUCCAGUACGCCUGGGCCUUUAGUUCGACCGCCUUCUGAAGGGGUUGAAUGGCCCUCGAGAUCGUCGGCUAAGGCACAGGCUUGUGCCCACCUCAACAACAAAGGCGUGACAACCAUUCUGCGUGUAUUGACACCGCAAAUAAUCCCUUCGGCCCAGAGACAGCUUGUCUCUGAGGCAGUCUGGAUGGCUGAGUCUACGAUGCGUAUUGUCAGUAUGAAACUGGUCUACUGGGCGUUUUGGUGCAAAAGAGAGAAGGAAAGAGAGCAAGUAACAGCUGAAACCGAUCAAAGCGCAUACAACCUAAGUCUUGGACAGAGCUGGCACAAAGCCUGUCCUAGACGGAGAGGACAGGGAGAUGCGUUGAACGAGCGGCCGCUGUUGAAUGGCAUAAAUGGCAAUCAAAUGGAGCUGGGUCUGCCAAAGCACUCGCAACACGGCAGUUAG